UGUGCUCUCUCCAGUGUUAGUUCAUAUAGCCACCUGUAUUUUCUUUCUGUCAAAUGAUUUACAGUAUAAUUGAGAAACGUAUGUUUUGCCAGACGUUACAACAGAUUGUACUAAGCAGUUUAAUUGGACCGUCUGGCAGGUAUACAGUACACCAAAUACGGAUGCAGGAGGAAGAGCGACAGUCGACUGGUGCACCGGAACUUCUGUGAAACCAGCAAGAAGCCCAAACCCAUCCGGAAGAGGUGCAACGUGAACGAGUGCAGUCAGCCAACGUGGUUGGUGGAGGAGUGGAACCCGUGCAGUAAGACGUGUGGGAAGGUUGGCUACCAGUCCAGGGUUGUUCAGUGUAUGCAGGCCCUCCACAACGGCACAAACCGGACGGUCCACACUAAGUACUGUACAGAGGACAAGCCUGAGACCAGGAAGGUCUGUAACCCCUCUGCCUGCCCUGCACAGUGGAGGACAGGGGCCUGGUCACAGUGUUCAGUAAGCUGUGGAGAGGGGAUUCGACAAAGACAGGUUGUGUGUAGAGCCACAGACAACACCAUCGGCCAGUGUGAGGGAGACAAGCCUGAAACGGUCCUCAUCUGUAAACUGAGCCCAUGUCCAGGACAGUCAUCGCUGCCCCCGCUCACUAAAGAAGCCAUGGAGAAUUCAACAACGAAGACGGAGGGUGUACAUCAGAUUGUUCCUGAUAAUCCUGUCCACAAACUCUCCUCCAAUGAGCCAUGUCUUGGAGACAAGUCUAUAUUCUGCCAGAUGGAGGUCCUAGCCCGUUACUGUUCCAUUCCAGGCUACAACAAGCUGUGCUGUGAGUCCUGCAACAAGAAGGAAGGCUUCACCACCCUCUUCUCUCCAUCCCCAGACCUCCACAAGACUGGAGGAUCCUCCGACUCAGACUCUGAGACGGGCCCAGACCAGGAGACCUCCACCCAGCCCAACCCCACCGCCUCCACCACCCUACCAUCAGACUCCCCACUCCCCACCACCACCCAGAGCCCAUCCCGAACCACUAAGACCCCUAGACGGCCUCGCUCCACUGCUCAGGGCCUGACCACCUUACCGUCGGCGAGUGCCGUCGUUCCCCAGGGUCCUUCCUUUGGGGUCGGGGAUGGAGACUCGGUCCCUGGGCUCCCUUCUCUACCUCCAGGUCCCAGCCCGCCUCUCCGGCCCCGGCUCCGAUCCAAUGCUGCUCCAGACUCCAAUGGAGACCCUGCUUUAUCGCCAUCUAAAGAGCACAUCAGUCCAAACAACCGCUCUUUAGGCCAAUCCGCCGGCCCCGGCCCUGAACCCGAGCCUGCUGGAACUGUGGCUGGCGUUGCUGCUGCCAGGUCAAGAAGGGAGGAUGUAGGAUCAGACUCAGCUCACAGAACCAGAACAACCAGAACCCUGUCCCAUGUGCUGACAUGAUCACUGACUUAUCCUGGGACUUGCUGCUCAGUAAUAUGGUCCACCGUGACUUCUGUCAGCUAAACGUUAUUGCAACGUUGUUACAGCAUUAGAGUGUUACAGCGUUACAAUGUGACAAUGUUACAAUAUGACAAUGUUACAAUGUGACAACUUUAUUACAACAUUGUUACAACAUUAUUACAAACAUCUGAUGGAUUGGACUGGACUCUCAACUGAUUGCUGCAAGAAUAAAUUAACAUACAAUUUAAAAUAAAUCCAUGCCAGUGGACUUAGACCAGUAAUGGUUACCUCAUCGAACCAGCAGAGUGAUCUCUAUGCAUUUGCACUGCAUCACUCAGCCCUCUCUGCUUCAGUUACUAAAUGGAAUGAUAAAAAAUAAAAUAAAAUGGUGCUGGAACUAAAAUGACUACAAGACAUGUUAAACAAUGUGAUGACUGCAUUGCUACCAUUUACUUCCUGAUCUGUGUACAUGUUAAACAAUGUGACGACUGCAUUGCUACCAUUUACUUCCUGAUCUGUGUACAUGUUAAACAAUGUGACGACUGCAUUGCUACCAUUUACUUCCUGAUCUGUGUACAUGUUAAACAAUGUGACGACUGCAUUGCUACCAUUUACUUCCUGAUCUGUGUACAGUUGUGCAAACAUAUUUUGAAAGUGCAUCAGAACUACUUAUUGAACUUUAAUAUUGUGAAGAUAUUGUGUGGCACGGCCAAAAACCUUAACUUUAGGGGCUGUCACAAGUUGAAGUGGUGAUGUCACAAGUAUUGGUGAUGUCACAAGUAUUGGUGAUGUCACAAGUUUGGAGAUGAUGUCACAAUGUAUUGGUGAUGAUGUCGCAGUGUCUUGGUGAUGAUGUAACUUCCUCCAGGGAGCUUUGUACCCUCUGCCCAUUGGUGCUCUUAUUGUUGAAGUGCUUCCCAAACAACCAUUUACAAGAGAUUGACCUCAGAGGUCAUCUAAAGGUCAAAAGGUCAACAGGUCAAGUCUGUUUGUAAAGCCAACCCCACUGUAGCAUGCACAUUACCUUUGUGGAAAAACUCACAUAUGCUUUAAAAGAUAAAAAGAAAACCAUUCUUGA